GGAAACCGUAUUCGCGGGGUCGACGUACGGUGAAGUGGAAUUCCUAUUUGCGGUAUCCGCGGAAUAGGCCCCACCUACGCUCUCUCUGACCAUCCGUAAGGCACGUAGACGUAAACCUGGAAAUGUAUCUCGGAGAUCGCCCGCCGGUGCCAGCGUCUCCUUCGGUAUCGUCUGCUAGAGAUUUGCGUUAUGAAUUCCGGGAUGAAAAUACGAGGGCUGUAGUUUAGCUGCGGCGGUUGGAAAAGUGAAGCGAGAUGAAUUCUCAGAAUCGUUGGUGAAUUCUGUUUGGUGCCUCACUGAAACCUGCAGAGACCACAAGGGGAAUGGCUGUUGCAGAUUUUCUAUUUUCUGUCUUGUGUAGUAAGAUUCGAGAAGGGCUUUCCGAUCCAGAAGGCAUCCAGACUUGAAAAAAGACAGCAGCUCUCCGGACCGAUCCGUUAGGCGGAUUUUCUUCAAUGCGGUAUUUGGAUUCCUGUCCAACGUGCUCCCGCGUUCCCGCGUUUCUGGAAGCGGUCUGUCGCUGAGGCUGUCUCCCCUGGCAUGUGCGCUGUGUCUGGAACCUUGGGAAAGUUUCUAGUGGAGCCCCUCACACGUGACCAGACUCCUGUCCACUGUGGACUUCCAAAGGCCCCAUUCUGCAUCUGAGAAAAUAAUGUGACCCCCGUGAACUUUUGCAGACCUACCAGAGGGGAAGUGCUCACUCUGAGAAGAAAGUGGCUCUUUUCCCUUCCUCUCAGAGCAGACUCUCCUCAGCUCUGAACGUUCAAAAAUGCCAGCCAAGACCCCGAUUUACCUGAAAGCGGCCAACAACAAGAAAGGGAAGAAAUUCAAACUGAGAGACAUCCUGUCUCCGGACAUGAUCAGCCCUCCUUUGGGAGACUUCCGGCACACUAUCCACAUCGGGAAAGAGGGCCAUCACGACGUCUUCGGCGACAUUUCGUUUCUCCAAGGCAAUUACGAGCUCCUGCCCGGAAGUCGGGAGGAGAAGACGAGAAUCGGCCAGUUCCCGGCACACAACGAGUUCCUGAGAGCCAACAGCACCUCGGAUUCUGUGUUUACGGAAACCCCCUCGCCCGUGCUCAAAAACGCCAUCUCCCUGCCGGCCAUCGGCGGCUCCCAAGCCCUGACUCUGCCCCUGCUGUCCCCUGUGACAUUUAACUCCCAGACGGACACCUUGGCCGCUGGCAGGUUCCCGAGACUGAUUUGCGAGCCGGUCGCUGAAGAGAAGCUUCAGGAGAAAAGCCGACCGGGGGAGGACGCAACGCCGCGGCGGGCCGACGCGCCGUGGAAGCCCAACGGCACCGCUUCCCGGUACAGUAACGGACGGGACAGCCCCUCGUCCACCCUCUCCGACCAGUACGCCGACUGGCUGAACGACGAGCUCUCGGACGACGGCCCCCUCCCAGGAGGCCUCGGGAAGGGCAAGUCCGAAUCGGAGCCGUCCCUUUCCGAGAUGACCGGCUCGCUCCUCUCGCUGCAGCUCGACCUUGGGCCCUCGCUGCUGGACGAAGUCCUGAACGUCAUGGACAAGAAUAAGUCGUAGGACCGACGGCCCUGAUGCCCCCACUCCAUCCCCGCCAUGCAGCUCGGGGGGACAGGAGAGCAGCCACGGCAGACAAAAAACAGAAGGCCGAAAAGCAUAGAUUGAAAAGAGGCCUCACCGACUGUUUUCCAGUGGUCUGACGGGUUUUCUUAAAGAGUGUUACGACAAAAAUAUUUUUUUACUUAUGUAUUUCACAUUUGCAAUCUGGUAAAACUCUCCCGGCGAGAAGAGGAAACGAGUCUGACCCGGUUUCUCGCCAGGUUGGAUGAGCUCUGGCGUUGGUGGGUGCACACGCCACACACACGAGGAAUCCGGCUCGGGCCGACACCAGCCGACUCGCUCGCUUUGAGGAAACCUUUCCGUGCUCAUUUUUCCCCAAGAUUUCCAGCUGGGCUGUGUGCAGAAUGAGGGAUGGCACGCUCUUACUUUCACCAUUAUUUAACAUCCGGGCCUCUCUCUUGAGAGGUGGACCGUAUCUCUGUUGCGCCUGCACGCCGAUCCUGCAGGGUCGAAACUCUUGCUCUGCCUUGCUUAUCGAACACAGCCUUCCUGCUGUUCAUCAAUCGUUCAUUGUCAGUCUGUGGGUGCUUACUCUGUGCGGGGCACUGUACCGAGCGCUUGGGAGAAUACAGUGCAACUGAGUCGGUAGUCACGUUCCCUGCCCACAACGAAUUUCCAGUCUGGAUAUCUCUAUCUGCAGAUUUGGACUGUCGGGGACCUGUGGUGAUGAUGGCACAGGCGGAGCAUUUACUGUAACUAAAUUAUUUUUAAAGUUGAAAUAUAUUUUUAUGUGCCUUUGGCUUUUUAUCACAGAGUCUACAUUUUAUAGGGAUUGCAUCAACAAGUUGUGGUUUGGCUCGUGUCCACUGAUGGUCCGUUGUAAAUUUUGUGUGCACGCGCGCGUGUGUGUUUGAGACAGCAACUCGUAAUACUCAACUUUACCUUUGUCUAUAUAUAUCAUAAAUGCUUAUCUGCCAAGGACGGGUUGGGAUGUUUAAAGAAGGCACCGGUUACUCACGAGGCUUCUGCCGAGAUAGGCGGUGACACCUUUAUGAUGUUUUUGGAAAUGGGGAUGGUUCAGUACAUCCUUGCAGUGCGUAGGUACUUCAUGCAACACAAUAAAGAGUUAAUGUUGAACAGUACCCUCCUUUUUGACUAUAAAUAUGCAGGGAGGGCAUGAACUAUUUGCUGUGGAUCCAGCUCCCACGAGAACCUCAUUUGAAUGAAUAAAACAACCAGCUUUGCUGAA